AUGACCAUCAACGCUUCUUCAACCGAACAAAGAACCGAAGGCGAUGACGGAAACAGAAUCAUUAUUUGUCCUUGUAAAGCUACAAUAGACGCAGAACGCGAAAAGAAAAACACGGAUGAAAUAAAUAAGUUACUAAAAGAGAAAGAAAUCGAAAUGGAGGAAAUUUUUGAAGAAAGAAUAAAACAAGAGAUGGAACAUUUGAAAGAGAGAUUCGAAUUUAUAUUGCAUCAUGAACAAAUACGAACAUCAUACAUGCUAAGAGAAGCCUACAGAGAGAGAAAGGAGAAGAUAUCAGCUCUUCAAACUCAGCUCGAGUGUAAGAACAUGGCGGGUCUGAUGUAUGUACUGUGCACAGAGAGACACAAGAGCAAGCUCGAAGUGAUGAGAUUGACUGAAGAAUACACAAAUUACAUAAAAGCCCUACAUAACAUAUUGACUGAGAGCCAGUCUCUAAUCAUGCGUCUCUCACGCGGAUACAAGACAGCGGCGAGAGUUGAUUACGAAUGGAGACAGAAAAUGAAGAAAGUCAUUAAACAUUUUCAAUAUUUCGUACACAAUUUUAUUGGAGGAACGCCAGAAGCACUACAAUAUCUAUUCGACAUACCAGCCCUGCUGAAAAUCGAAGCACCUAUAGAAGAUGACCCUCAUGAAGACCCAUUUGAAGAUGAGGAAAUACCGACUAAAAAAGAACCCCAAACUGAGAAGCAGUGGUGGGAGACAAUGGAAGGUGACAGCCGACCGUUCAUAAUGUUCGGCGAUAUGGCGGAUUUCAAGCCACCUCAACGAAGAGAAGUGCUAAAAGCUGUUAAAGCUGCUAAAACAGCGCCGAGGAAGUGGAAAGAAUACGUUUUUAACGACAUGCACCUGAAAUCCCACUGUCCCCACGCUGACGUGAUAAAACACGAAUACUUGAAACAAAUGCCGGCUCCCGCUAAAUGGGAGUGCACACAGACUGAUCGACAGACGUUUUCGAGAGCGUCUGACACUAGUCGACGCAUGACUACCGCCUCCGUCGACAUCAGGAAUAUGGGAUCCAUCUUAAAGAUGAUUAGUUCGAACGGACCAUCACAUACUCCAAAGGCCACAUUGCUCGGGGCGAGAGAUUCCAUGGAAAUAGCGUCUACUACGAAAUUGCGAGAAAAGCACAGACAGACGAUCGAGCACGGCAAGGUCGUGCUGAACAUCGGAAACAAAGUUGACUCUCUAUUCAAUGAAGUGUAUUCAGAAGUAGAAGCAAAUCGAGAAGAGAUAGAAGAAGCUGAACCAGGCCCGAAAGAAACCAAGUCUAGAAUGGAAGAUGAAGAAGUCGGCGACGAAUCGUUUUCAGCUCUAGGAAGCACACACAACGACAGCUUGCAAAUAAUUCCGUCGCACAUUCCGGAUCAAGAUCACAAGAUUAAUUACGAAAAGAUAUGUCCAAUGGAGAAGUGUCAGAGGCUACAAGUGGACUCGUUCAUACGCAGUCUGCCUGCGUACAUGCGAGCCAGUCCGUUCACACACGUCGAACAGACGUACGAAGAUUAUGAAGCCUGUUCACCAGAACAACUCGAAAUCCUAAAACAAAGAAUAGAAGAGAAGAAAAAGAAGGAAAAACUAGAUUUCGACGUGACAGAAGAAAAUCCUCUUCUAUCCUGGACUCCCAGUCUAGAAGGAGUAGCUGUCCAGACGUCUGAUAUGUCAAUGUCAUUACCGCCCUGCACCUGUCGAGAUCCAAGUCCGUCACCUGCAUCUAGUACCCAGAAAAUUUAUACUGUAGCCGAUUUGAUUCCCAUCAAACAAAAUUUGGACGAAAUUAAUGCCGAAUGUUUCUUCAAUGAUAAUAUCGAGUUCAAUCGUUUUAAAGUUAUCGGACAAAAGGAAAACCGAAAGGAUCCAACUGAAAAAAUCAAGGACCUCACUAAAAGAAGACUGCAAGAUAUAAAAGAGACGUUGGAAAAGCAUCCAAGUCUCUGCGAAAUAUUUCAAGCAAACGUACGUUGCUAG